CCCUGUGAUCCUGGGUGCAUGCCUGAUGGCGGGCACCUGAAGUGGGUACACCUGCGCUAAAAGACUGAUAAUAUAAGGGUGGUGCAGCAGAGUGCGGUGUGGUGGUAGUGCGGUGUUAAGGGUGGAGGAGUGGAGUGUACGGAGGAGUGUUGGAGCGACUACAAACCACGGCGAAGAGCAUGUGGCUGCUAGAACCGUUUAUAAACCUGCUCAGAAUGGGUUGGUUGCUUUACAACUGGCGUAGACGGCAGGACGGUUCGAGGCAGGACAGCUCUACGCAGACGAAACCCUUUGAAAUCUGGAGAGGGAUCCCUGGAUGGCCGGCCACGAGCAGAUGGUACCCGGUGGCCGACCUCCUCGCCCAGUGGGCACCUCCCCAGGAAUGGCCAGAGGUAGAUGGAUCCCCGGGGCAGUUGGAACAGGCCCUGUAUGAAAUAGAAGAAACCCUGAGUGGAUGCAGUGCCCGCGAGGCGGCAGGAGCCGUGGGAUGGGUGUUUCUCACGGCUCUGCGAGAGUCCAGGCGGAAAGAGCAAUCUAGGAUCCAGCAAGUACUGGAUGAGAUGCGAGAAGAGAUACGAGAAGAGAUGCGGAUACAGCAACAACAUUUGAGGAUUCUGGAGGAAGAAGUUCGGAGAAACCGACCCACCCCUCCCGAGAUGCCAGACUCCGUCUCAGGAAGGAAGGAGAGGGAGGCUGGCCCUUUGCGCGAAUCACAGCCGGGGGUGGCAAACCAGCCUGCGACUCCAGAGAUGCCUGACCCCUGCUCAGGAGAGGAGGAGAGGGAGGCUGAACCUUUGCCUGAGUCCCAACCGGCAGUGGUAAACCAACCCGCCACCCCGGAGAUGCCGGACUCCUCUGGAGAGGAGGAGGAGGCCGGGCCCAUGCUCCGGGCCCGCCCGGUGGUGACUCAGAAAAUGAAGCGGCAGCGACCCAUGGCCCCAGGGGGUCAGGCAGCGGGACCACCACAGAUGACGGAAUUUACUACCUACAGACCUUACACCCAGGCGGAACUGGUGGACUUGGGCAAACAGUUCCGCCAGAAACCAGGGGAACCCUUGGCAGCCUGGCUGCUACGUUUAUGGGACCUGGGGGUGGAUGGGAUUAUUUGCACGGCUCAAGAGAUGGAGAGACUGGCCUCCGUGACUUCACACCCAUCCUUGCGACAGAGGCUGCAGAACAGCCGGCGGUAUGGCCAGGGCGACCACACCCUCCUGGAGUGGAUAAUGGCUGCCAUACGGACAGUCUGGGCUGAUGCGGGAGAUGUGCCGGAGACAGUAAGCGGAUGGCAGACGUACGCCGAGCUGGUGCAGAUAUAGCCCCAGGAAGUCAAGAC